GUUUCUUCUCAUCUCCCGCUAACCUAUCACCAAGAAAACGAAAGAAAAACCCUUGCUUCUUCUCCGAUCAUCAGUCCUGUCCUCCUUGUUCUUCCAUUUCCGUCCAACAGAAAGAGGAGCGACUCGCGAAAUCACGUCAUGUCGUGAUUUUCAACGAUUCCAUCAGACGAAGAUCCUGCUCGCUCGUAAUCUAACUCGUGGAUAGCACAAAUCUCCAAGCUUAACAUACUUCGAUUCAGAUCGCGGUUGUUACUACUUGCUUCUAACGAUGUCUGGUUCGAACCCUUUUGGGCAGUCUUCGUCGAGCCCUUUAGGCUCUCAAAUAGUUUAUGGACAGACCAAUUCAAGUACCAAUCCAUUUGACCCUAACCCGUCUGGUAGUACGAGUCCAUUUGGUUCGCAAACUGGAAGAUCCAUGUUCGGAGGUACUUCCACUGGGGUAUUUGGUGCGGCACAACAGUCUUCUCCCUUUUCUUCCAAUACAGCUUCUGGGGCUUCAUCGUCACCUGCUUCCGGUAGCUCCGUACCCGCUUUUGAGUCUUCUUCAACUCCUACUUUUGGUAGCUCAUCAUCGUCAGUUGGUGGAUCAUCCGUUUUUGGUCAGAUGCCUGCUUUUGGAGGUUUUGGAUCUACUCCUACUCAAACAAGUCCAUUUGGUGCCACACAGCAAUCACAACCGGCUUUUGGAAGCAGCAUAUUUGGUUCCUCAACAACUUUUGAAGGAUCAUCUCGGCUUGCAUUUGGUGCUACAAGCAUCCCUGCAUUUGGCACUCCUGCAUUUGGUGCUAGCAGACCUUUGGAAAUACUGGUAUCGACCUUUGGAAAUACUGGUAUUAGACAGCCAGGUUUUGGAGGUCAGCAACGGGGUGGAAGUAGAGUAGCUAGUUACACAGCAACAACUGAGGCAUAUAGUAGAACCUCUGUACACACUGCAAAAUUGGAAUCUAUAUCUGCCAUGCCUGUUUACGAACUCAAAAGUCAUGAGGAACUAAGAUUGGAGGACUAUGUGGGAGACAAAGGUGGAAGUACAGUAGCUAGUUAUGCAGCAACAAUUGAAGCAGAUAGUGGUACCUCUGGACGGAUCCCAAAAUUGGAAUCCAUAUCUGCCAUGCCUGUUUACGAACUCAAAAGUCAUGAGGAACUAAGAUGGGAGGACGAUCAAUUGGGAGACAAAGGUGGACCACUUCCCUCUGGUCAGUUUACUGGUUUGGCAGGCUUCAGUUCGUCUACAACACAGACAAAUGCCUUUUCUCCUUCACCAGUGUUUGGUCAAUCAUUGGCCAAUCCUUUUUCUUCCACAACACCUAAUUCUAACCCGUUUGCGCCAAAGAGUUCUCCCUUUUCUUCUGGAUUUGGAACUUUUGCCGCUAAUGCCUUCAGUUCAUCAGCUUUUGGUUCUUCAACAUCAGCAGCAACACCCACUAUUUUUGGCUCAUCCCCAUCUCCAUUUGGUGCUAACUCUUCUUUAACUCCCAGCUUUGGAGCUAAGUGUUCCAUAGGUAGCACUGUCUUUCAGUACAGAAAGUAUUUGUUUGAGCCUUUACACUGUGUAGCAUUUAUUUAUUUCAUUUGUUGUGUUUUUUUGCUUUUACUUAGGUAAAUUUUCUCCCUUCCGCUUUC